CAUGCCAGAUUCCUUUUAGAAAACUGCAAAUUGAGGGUGGUCGUCUUUCACUGUAAAUCCACACUCACAGAACAUAGCCUACGUUGUGAUGUCAACAGUUAUCAUUUGCUAGUCUUUAAUUCGGCGUGCAUCAGACGAAGCAGCACACGUCAACAAAAUACUUGAGCGAUUUCAGUUUGAGCUUCAGUUCAACACAAUGGGAAUACACGGACUUGCUAAGCUGAUUGCUGACCAGGCCCCCAGUGCCAUCAGAGAACAAGACAUCAAGAACUAUUUUGGGAGGAAAAUUGCUAUUGACGCCUCCAUGUGCAUCUACCAGUUCCUGAUUGCUGUGCGACAGGAUGGGAAUGUUUUGCAGAAUGAGGAUGGAGAGACGACGAGCCACCUGAUGGGAAUGUUCUACCGGACCAUCCGCAUGCUGGAGCACGGCAUCAAACCUGUGUACGUGUUUGACGGCAAGCCCCCACAGCUCAAGUCAGCAGAGCUGGAGAAGAGAGGAGAGAGGAGGGCAGAAGCUGAGAAGCAGUUGGCUCAAGCCCAGGAAAUGGGGGAACAAGAGAACAUUGACAAGUUCACCAAGCGUCUGGUAAAAGUCACCAAGCAGCAUAAUGACGAGUGCAAGAAGCUGCUGACCCUGAUGGGCGUUCCUUACAUUGAGGCUCCCUGUGAGGCGGAGGCCAGCUGUGCCGCUCUGGUUAAAGCAGGGAAGGUCUUCGCCACAGCCACAGAGGAUAUGGACGGGCUGACCUUUGGGACAAACGUCCUUCUCAGACACCUCACGGCCAGUGAAGCAAAGAAACUUCCUAUCCAAGAGUUCCACUUCAGUCGGAUCCUGCAGGACAUCGGCCUGACCAACGAACAGUUCAUAGACCUGUGUAUUCUGCUGGGCUGUGACUACUGCGGCACCAUCAAGGGGGUCGGCCCCAAGAGAGCCAUCGACCUGAUCAAACAUCACGGCUGCAUUGAGGAGAUCCUGGAAAACAUCGACCCCAACAAGCAUCCUGCUCCAGAGGACUGGCUGUACAGAGAGGCCCGGGGUUUGUUUCUGAAUCCAGAGGUGGUGGAUUGCUCCACAGUGGAGCUGAAGUGGAGCGAGCCGGAUGAGGACGGACUGAUCCAGUUCAUGUGUAAUGAGAAACAGUUCAGUGAGGACAGGAUACGUAACGGAUGUAAGAAGAUUGUGAAGAGCCGACAGGGCAGCACGCAGGGACGACUGGACUCUUUCUUCACCGUCACUGGAUCUCUGUCCUCCAAGCGGAAGGAGCCUGAGACCAAAGGAUCAGCUAAGAAGAAGCAGAAGACUGGAGCUACGCCAGGCAAAUUUAGGAAGGGCAAAUAGACUGAACUUUACUCCCUCAGGAGGUAAUUAUUGUAAUGAAGAACACCUACUAAACAGAGUGCAGUAAAGCUCCGGGGGAGACAAGAGGAAGCUGCAACACAACACAACAAUACAAUACACAACAGCAGGCUGUGUGUGCUGAUUCGUUCGGCUGUUGAACUGCAUGACCAAACAUGAUUUUGUUCAUGUAAAUAAAAAAAAAAAAAUACAUGGUUUCAGUGUUUUAUCAAAGUGUGUUUUCCGUUAGUGAAUAAAAGUCUUUUUGUAGA